AUGUUACACAACAACGAAACAUCAGCAAUAACCAAAUCUACCAAUACCAACAGUGGUUCAGUGACAAAGAAAAUCAUGGGUAGAAAGAAAAUCAAUAUCACUCGUAUUAUCGACGAACGUACUCGUCAAGUGACAUUUACUAAACGGAAAUUUGGUUUAAUGAAGAAAGCCUACGAAUUGUCUGUUUUAUGUGGUUGUGAAAUCGCUUUGAUGAUCUUCAAUAGCAACGAUCGAUUAUUUCAAUAUGCUUCAUCGGAUAUCAACAAAGUUCUUCUGAAAUAUGCGGAUUACAAUGAACCACAUGAGUCAUGCACAAAUGUCGAUAUAAUCGAUAUUUUAAACAAGAAAAUCAAACCAACGCAAAUGAACAUUUCAAACACCAAUGACGAUCAUCAACUUAUGGAUCAACAUGAUGAUAAUAGUGGUGAGCAAACCGACAGUGGAAUUAGUAGUACAUUCACCAAUGAUAUUGAACAAAUGUUUGCUGAUACAGUUAACAAUUUUCUAGUGAAUAGCAAUUUAAAUUGUUCGUCAAGCAAUGGACACGAUAUGACAUUCCUCAACAAUACAACUACUACUGUUCUACCGGAUUUUCAAUAUUUAACAUCGCCAUCAAGUGAACAACAAUUAACACCACCGCCUUCACUAGGAACAACAGCGAAUAACAUUCCCGUUUAUCCAAUUCCGAAAUCUGUUGAUUGUAAUCAGUAUGGAAAUAACAUUACCAAUAAUAAUCAUUCGAAUUUAAAUCAUAUUAAACAACAGCAGCAGCCAACAAUGAACAGUUUUACGACUCAACAACCGAUAACAAAUAUUGGCCGAAUCAUGACAGUUGGCCCGGAUAUGAGUGUUUCAGCUAUUGAUAUCAGCGCGUUAGCAUCGCAAUUAACAUCGAAUUUCUUAGCCUCACUAACCAACGCUGCUGUCGUUACGAAUAGCAAUACAUCAUCAUCCAAUUUACCGAUUAAUAUUAUAAAUCGCGACUGUCAAACAACAAACAUCGGUUCAGCUCAAACGAUUAUGUUAACAAACAGUCCAAACUCAAUUAUUCUUACCGGGCAACAACAACAACAACAUCAUCAGCAGCAACAACAACAAACACUUAAUCGAAAUCUAAUCAAACAAGAACAAAUUGUCUAUACAACGAGUGCAUCAGCAGUAGCAAACACUGGACGAAAUGAGUUGUGUUACGAGCCAACGAGUUCUAAACCGACUCGUUUAUGGCAAUAA